UUAGCUAAUAAAAAUGUGGAAUGCAAUCCUUAACAUUACAUCCUGUAAAUCAUGCCAGAAGGAGGAUCCCUCUGAACCUGAAACUGGCUUAAAGACUCCAAAAAUAUAUAAAAGACUGGUUUCAAGAGAACCAAGCAAAGCCAAAGAUUUAUUGAGAAAGAGUUCAGGGAGAAUUCUACCCUCUUCUACCAAAUAUGAAAAUCACUUGCUGACUUACAAGAUCAAACAAACCAUGCAUAAGAGAGGCUGAUUUUAAAACCAGAUUCGCAAGUGUCAACUCAAAACUCGGAUGCAGAAGUUAUCAUGACAAUAUGAAUAUGCCUCUUUCAAAAGAGACUAUGAAAAGGGCUCGAGGACAAAUUUUAAAGUCAAAGUAUCUACAUGGUGAUAUCGAUAGUACUCCAAUAUUUGAUGAGAAAAAAGAGGAUUUUUAUUCAUAUUUCGCAAAACGUCAAAUUGAAGAAAGUAAAGAGUGAUGACAAGGAGAAGAAAAUAAAGAAAACUUCAUACUCAAAUCCGAUAGUAGUGAAGAAAGUAGUAGCACACCAAAUAGCCAGGAAGAUAGCGAAGACAGCCUUCACCUAGAAGCCUAUUUAAAGAUGCCUGGCUGAAUUCAGGACAUCAACCGCUCUCUCGACAGUAUCCAAGAAGCCAGCAACGAGAAUGGCUCUUCAAAAUCCAUCUACACCAAGAAAGUUCAAAAAGUUCGGAGACUUCUUCUCGCCGAAAUCAGUGUCUGCCCAGACGCUCGUUUCUCCAAACUUAGUUAAUAAUCCUUUUAAAUUUUCUAAAAAUUUUAACUUCUAAAGAAUCUUGAUAAAUUUUCAAAACUGGAGGUUAAAAAUCUGUAGUUUUUUAAGUAGGAAAUUAGAAAAUUUGGGAUUUUAAGUCACAUUUUUGGAUGGCUUUGGAAGGGAUUUUUGGAAAGAUGUGGAAAAGGAGUAUGGAGGAAAUUUUUGGGGUGGAAGGGGGAGAAGGAGAGGUAAGGUGUGGUGGUGGGAAGAGAGGAAGUAUCAUCUCUAAAGUUUAUCUCCACUCCUCAGCUUCCAUAUUGACUGAAAAACCUCCCAGCCCAUAUACUUCAAAAAUAUACACUUAUUUUUCUGCCACUCAUUCCCAAAACACAAAUUAGUGGUCCUUACCUGUAUGACUCCAGGGAUCUUUCCCAAUAAACAAGUCGAAGGUAGCCAAACUAGAAGAUAACUAUUAUUGGGUCUACAAUUGGAGAAAUCUAAUCGUAAAAACCAAAGCAAUGCAAAUGAAUUAUAACAAGGCUGCAUGCGGAAUACUCCAAUAGACUGGAGAACCUUCUUCAAGAGCAAUGAAGGUUCUGUCCAGGAGUUUAUAAUCAUAGAUGUCAU